UUUCGGCUUUGCAGGGAAAGUAGAACAGGUCGGACUCAACAGUCUGCCUGGCUGGCUGGAGUCUGUCUGUGAUAUUCAUAAAAUAAAAUGAAAUAACACAACGCAGAGUCAUUUUCAUUUCAUUCCUCCCUUGCUAACCGACCUGCAGAAGCUACCUUCAUAAAAAUCCAAUUAACAUCUGCCCCUCAAUUUAGAGCUUCUCUCCGUGUGGGAGACAAACAUACGUUAUUAACAACACACGUACGUAUGUGGAUAUAUUUCAGGAUCAGUCGUCAGUGUCACCCAGUUUAUUGCUGAUUGUAUUUAUUUACUGUGGGGAAAGUAGGGCUGUAAAAUUGGCGUAAUUAUUUUCCUUGCUGUGCGUACGAGGGGGAAUAUUUUGAAGCUUGAUCUUUCCGUAAUUUCUGAAUAUUUUGCCAAUGCUAAAAACUAUAAUGGCGACAACUUCAAAAAAGGCCCGGAAAGCGGUGCCCGUCCUCACGCUACUCAUUCCUUUGUCCGCACUCAUCUCCGUGGUCAAUGUCGCAAUUGCAAUGUCCACAAGCAAUUGGCUGGAUUCUGCGGAGAGGAUCCCCAUAUCCAAUACCUCUUUUAUGGAAGAAUUCAUGAUCAAACGAACAAUCUCUGGAUUGUGGAACUUGUGCACGUUCAACCUGACUGAGAAGCAACAACGCGACUCUGUUUCGAGAGUUCCGUCGGACUUGAUGAACUGCAGCUCUAUUGAAUACUUUGUUAAAGAUCGCUACACUUCUGACCCCAACGAUUCUACGAACGCUAUACGAUUUGCGGUUACAAAGGCUGGACCUCUGUUUGUGAUUGCUUCAAUUAUGUUGGGAUUCGCAGUGAUCGCUGCGAUAUUUGGGUACCAGCGGCACCGACGAAUUGCCCUGUUCGUAUCAGGAAUCGCUUUCAUUAUAGCUGGUCUCAUGCUUCUCAUAGGCCUCGUUGUCUACUUAUCAGCUUUACAGUCUGAAAUUGGACCUAAACUUCGCCCCAAAAACUCAGUGGAUUUGCCCCAGUUUUCAUACAAGUAUGGAUUCUCCUUCGUUCUGGUUGUGGUUGGAUUUAUGGCGACGGAAUUGACUGGGAUUUUGGCCAUCUUUUACUACAUAUAUUGGCACCAGCUCGACUGGACUCAAAAACUGGGGUCCACCAACGACUUGAUGAUGGGAAAUGGGAACAACAGCUUAAACUUGCGCAGCAGCAAUGUGGGGGAAGGAAUGGGUGGGAAAUCUUGUGACGCAGCCUCAUUUCGAUGUCACUCGCGUCACCAUCAGAGCAAUUCGAAGCAGGGCUAUAAAAUAAUGGACAUUUACAACACGUCCAAAGUAGGGCCUCACAAUCCCUCCUGCAAUGCAUAUCUUCUAGACAAAGACAUUCCUUACCCGCCUCCCCCGCCCCCGUCGUCCAUGCCCCGUGAUUACACGACCCUCACGUCAUGUUCGGACGAAGAAGGAAGCGUCAUGUUUCCACCCCCACCGGCCCCCUCAAUGGGGAGGAGUAGCAACAAUAAGGAUGGGCGAAACACGUCCACGACCACAGUGUGAUAUUAGGCUUGGGAGUCUCAGCUUAUAUAAUUGAUAAGCUGUCUCCAUAAUGCGCAAUUUUUACCAUAUAAAUACAUAGGUAUGUAUGUAAAUAAUCCAACCUUACCUUUAUUCAUUGAACUAUGAAUUGUAUUCGCAGAGUAUGCGUUAUCAUUUUAUACAUAUGCAUAAUGGUUAGAAGAGAAAGUACUAAUAUUAAAUUAAUUAUAGAGAUGCAAAAUGAAAGUCACAUUUCUUGCUGUACAAUUCUUUUAGCGCAAUUUCAGUAUGAGUGUCCUUAAAAUUGUCAAAUUUGUAAAAACGUAGCAAGUUCAUGUAUGUAUGUAAAUGAGUGAAGAAGUUUUGUGACAAUCGUAAUCUUAAGAUUAGUACUCAUGUAUUUACGUUUGGUUAGUCCAAGAUUUGUACAGAUAUGAUAUUUCGUCGGUAGAAAUAUUGUAGCGUGGAAAAUAAAGCAUGUAUGUAUAAGAAUAGUACA